GGGGAGUGACUACAAGUCCCAGAAGGCCGUGCGGCCUCAGCAGCGGGCCCUUCAGUUCCCAGGGCGACCCCUGUGGCAGAAGCGGGGCAUCUGGCGACCGUGGGGUCGUACCGUGGCCACCGCGUUCUGCACGUUGCUUUCGGCGUCCUCUUUCUCACCCCGAGGCCACCGCCAUGAAGGAUGCACUGGUGCUGCAGAGCCGCGUCCCGGCGCACCCGGACUCCCGCUGCUGGUUCCUGGCCUGGAACCCCACGGGGACUCUGCUGGCCUCGUGCGGCGGCGACCGUAAAAUCCGCAUCUGGGGCACCGAGGGUGACAGCUGGAUUUGCAAGUCUGUCCUUUCUGAAGGCCAUCAGCGCACUGUUCGGAAAGUGGCCUGGUCCCCCUGUGGAAAUUACCUGGCCUCUGCCAGCUUCGAUGCUACUACUUGCAUUUGGAAGAAGAACCAGAAUGACUUUGAGUGUGUAACCACUCUUGAGGGUCAUGAAAAUGAGGUCAAGUCAGUGGCUUGGGCCCCGUCUGGCAAUCUCUUGGCUACCUGCAGCAGAGAUAAGAGUGUGUGGGUCUGGGAAGUUGACGAAGAGGAUGAGUAUGAAUGUGUCAGUGUCCUCAACUCUCAUACACAGGACGUUAAGCAUGUGGUUUGGCACCCAAGCCAGGAGCUUUUAGCUUCUGCCAGCUAUGAUGACACAGUGAAGUUGUACCAGGAAGAAGGGGACGACUGGGUCUGCUGUGCCACCCUUGAAGGUCAUGAGUCCACUGUAUGGAGCUUGGCCUUUGACCCCAGUGGCCAGCGUCUGGCAUCUUGCAGUGAUGACCGUACUGUGCGCAUUUGGCGCCAGUAUCUACCAGGCAAUGAGCAAGGGGUGGCAUGCAGUGGCUCUGACCCCACCUGGAAAUGUAUCUGCACUUUGUCAGGCUUCCACACCAGGACCAUUUACGACAUUGCUUGGUGUCAGCUGACAGGGGCCCUGGCUACAGCGUGUGGGGAUGAUGCCAUCCGAGUGUUUGAGGAGGAUCCAGGCUCAGAUCCACAGCAGCCUACCUUCUCUCUGACAGCUCAUCUGCGUCAGGCCCAUUCCCAGGACGUCAACUGUGUGGCUUGGAAUCCCAAGGAGCCAGGACUCCUGGCCUCUUGUAGUGAUGAUGGGGAGGUGGCCUUCUGGGAAUAUCACCAACCUGCAGGCCUCUGAGCUAUAGCUUGACUUGGCUAAGACUUUCCUAGUCAUCAAGAGGACCUGAAGGAUCCUUGAUCUUCAUUUAGCUUUAUGCCUCUGUUUGGAUGUGUAGAAGCCACAGGACCAUUCACUGUUUCCCUUCCUUGAUGUGAGAGAGCCAUGGGACAGAGCCAUGGAACAGAAGUAUGUUGUGUUACAAAUUUUGCUUUAUUUAGGGCAUGGUGUUACAUUUGGGGGGUAAAUAGAGUAUUUAUAAUCACUAUGUAUGUAUAUAGGAGAAUGUGUUUGAAAGCUUUCUGAAAUUAUGAGCUUUAUAGAAAUAAUCCACCUGUGCCCCACUUCCUAUUUUAUAAAUAAGGUCAUUUAUCAUUUAUAA